AUGCCCAUACCGAAACCAAUACCAGCACCAAAUAAAAUACCAGUAUCAACACCAAUACCAUUACUUAUACUGGCACCAAUACCGAUACAAAUACCAAACCAAUACCAUACCAACCCCAUACCAAUAUCAAUAAAUUCCAGUACCAAAACCAAUACUAAUAUCCGAAUCAGUAUCAACACCAUUACCAAUACCAAUAAAAAUUCCAAUACCAAGUCAAUACCUAUACCUAUAUCAAUAUCAAUACCAAUACCCAUACCAGUACCAAUACUUAUACCAAUCCCAAUACUAAGAUCAACACCAUUACCAUAG